UGCUCAGCUACGCUUUGCCAUACAAACCUCGAGAUCCUGUAAUAAAUAACAUCUCCAGACCACAUAUCAUUCCCGCCGGUUAGUCAUCAGAAAAGGGUCCGGUACGGGAAAGCUAGCCAUUAUAGGUUUCUGAAUAUCGACUUUGACAUCCUCGAUUUUGACGGGUUGACCUGUCAUUGUGCCUCUUCCUGCAUUGUUUUCGCUAAUUUGAGACGUACUAAGAAAAUCGCACGGUAAAACUUACAGGCAGGGAACAAGCCUAUCAAAGACACCUCGGACAUGGCCUCAUCACGCUCUUCGAGUGCGGUGUCGAUCCCGUUUCUCUAUUCUCUGUUUUUCCUCUACAUCGAACCCGUUUCCACCUUCGCGGGGUUCUACUAUGCUUUCUUCCGCCAGCGGGAGUACAUGGACAUGACGAUGUCACACGAUCUCAAUAUCCUAUCAUCCCAAGAUGGCAGCAAUGUGGGUGUAUCGACGCGCGAGAGCAUCGUACUCAACCAACUGGCCAACAUGUACCUCGCCUUUGCGCUCAACGAAGGACUAGUGCUACGCUCUACGCGUGAUGUCCACGUCUGGCGUGUGUACCUCUUUGUCCUCCUUCUCGCGGAUUUUGGACAUCUCUACAGCGUUGUCGGCGCGGGCGGAUCAGAGCUUUACUGGCAAUUCUGGAAAUGGAAUGCAAUGUACUGGGGGAACCUAGGAUUUGUGUACGUCGGCGCCAGCUUCCGCAUUGCAUUCCUGCUAGGCAUUGGACUUGGACAAAAGUCAAACAAGCUCAAGCAGUGAUGAAGACGACAUCUUCGUCUAGUCGAUGGGAAACCCCUGAUUAAAGCGUCAUGUCGAGUAUUGACGGCACUGAUUCAGGUGAAUCCACUUCUGUGAGCACAGCCGUGUGGCACUUCAUAUAUGCUCGUAUACACCACAUACGGUCUAUGACCUUUCAGGCCCGACAGACUAGCUACGAAAGGCUACGCUCGCGAUUUCGAGACAUCAGCUGUUUCAGGAGGGGUCUAGAAUGAGGCUGAAACAGAGGUUUCGCCGAGGGAAGAAAGCUCGUGAAGCCCAUGGGAACGUCAACCUAGCAGCGGAACGAAGCGUGCACAGAGCCAUGGUUCUCCCGGCAGUAUGUUUAUAAUAUAGUCCAGGACAAAUUCAUCUAUCGAACUCGCCUGACCAGCCGU